AGCUAUAUUAGGACUAUUUUAUAAAUAGGAUUUUUGAGGACUAUUUGUUGUAUAACUGAUGUAAUUUCGAUUCUACUUAUGGUUCGUGAGAGACUGCUGACUGCAUCAAUCAGUACCCCCCUUUAUGCUACUUUGAACAUCGAUAAGUUGAUGGACUACGUCGAAUAUGGUCUUUCUGAGCAUUCCCUCUACUUCCGAGUAGGGGAGUAGGGCGAGUGCUCUCCGGCAAGAGAAAGUGGAUCUCAUUAUUCCGCACCUCUUUCUUAAGGCUUUUUUUUGAUUUCACCAAGGAAGAAUACAUUCACAUCUUGAAGAACAGCAUCCUUGAAAAAGAAGACAGGUGUAAGCGAUCAAUCUAAUUAUAAACUCACUUCAGGGGAGAUGAUUUUAUUAGAUUGAACGCUUAGGCUUACAACAGGGAUGCUUACAAGGACAGGUGCCGGAGCUGCUCUAAGGUGUUGGGCGGCAUCGAGACCGCGUCGGACUCUGCGCUCUUAAACCGGGAAGGCGUCGCUGCCAUAGUCUGCUGUUGCCCUUACACUUAUGUCUCCUGGCUAGUUCUUUGAGUUUUUUUGCGAACAUGACCACGAGAAUUCAGGAAUAUAGAUAAGUAUACAAUACCAGAAAUGGCAGUAAGUAGAUGGUGCUCACUCAGGAGAGUGAUUAAAGGUGAGAAGGCGGACUACAUCAUAGAUAUGAUCUUACUGUGCCGUGACUAUCUUCAAGCUGCACCUCCAAGAAACGGAGUUCCUUGUCUCAGAAGAGCGGGAGGAGAUUCAGUAUUUCCGCGUCGACGUCGAGGACCAAAGCCGAGAGCCUAUCAAUUUGUAUUGAAGAUGCUAGUACCUUCACCUUAUACCUUGCUAGUAUUCACCUUUGUAUUGAAGAUGCUGUAUUACUUAUACCUUGCUAGUACCUUCACCUUGUCUGCUAGAGUUAGACUUCAUGGAAUGGAAUAUGAUGACAGGUGAUUUGCUAGGUCGCAUCGAAGACGUAUGGCAUGACACGAAAUGCAACUUUUUAUUUCUUUCCCAACCUACAGUCAUCUCCAGGUACUUCGGUGAAGCUCAGGACUUCAUACACAGUUUUAUUCAACGCGAGCUUUCGGUUUUCGUCCACUGUCGGGCUGGAGUAAGCCGGUCUGCUACGAUUGUGAUCAUUAUGUUUUUUGACUAUCUAAGGUUCACAAGCUCAGAAAGGCCUCGUCCCCUGCUGAUCCAUCUCCAGAGAGAGCAUGUUGUUCUUGAAGCUGUCCUCCGAGAAUACAGGGAAAGAAAAAAGGAGCAUCAAGGUGCAUAUUCAUAUCAAGAUGGAUCAUACGAUAAGGGUGAGCUGCUCUAAGAACAGUUAUUUGAUGAACUUUCACAAUUAUACGUUGCAUGACGCUUUUUUCCUGGUGAGAUCUCGCAGACCUAUUAUUACACCAAAUCUCGGAUUUAUGGAGCAGCUAGUAUUGUACGAAGAAGAAAAUUUUCGCGAACCGACAGUCGAUCUAUGGAAAUAUUCUGAGUGGUAAGUAAGUAGUAUUUCUUUUUGGGAAGCACGUCGGAUUUUUAUUGGUGGAUUUUUGGCAUUCCAUUUCUGCCCUGCAUGUAUAAUAGUCUCAAUACUGUGAAAAUGAUGAAUUCAAAUCAAUAAUCAACAAUUUUGAUUGCACAAAGGAAAUUUCGACCAGUUUCUGAUUGUGUUUAUUUUCUGCUACUCUUAGGUACUCCUCGUCGGACGAUCGGACUGGUGUACCUGAUCUGGCGCCUGAGUAUUAA